ACUAUGUACAACUCUUCUUACACGAGAAACAUAACAUGAUUUCUGUAUCAUGUUCAAGUUAAUAGCAUUCAUAUUUUGUCUGUAACUGGUUUAGUAAUUUUGCAUGCUAUAUAUCAAUUAUGUAUAAUGUUUUUUUGAUUAUUCCGUUGACAUGUAUUUUAUUUAAUCUUUGCUCAUCAACGAAUAGAAGAAACAACUAUAUUUUACAUAAUUUUAUUUCUGUAUGUUGGUAACAUCAGUCAUCAAAGCCAUCAAAACGAACGGGCUCGCACGACUUGCGGCUGCUUGGUUCUCGCUCGUCUUGUAUUAUUUUCAUAAAUUGCGCUGGAGUGCUAUUAGUUGUUAUCAAAUGACACGGUGUUGUGGUGUCGAGCAAGUGAUUAUUUAGUGUGUUAAUUUAUAUAAAAAAAUAUCGCUCAAUAUGUCAGGGACUUUAAUGGAUCGUUUCUCCUUGCCGAAUGUAAAAGUUUACACGGCGGGUAGUGUUGCUCUGCUUUCUGUUGCUCUUUAUUAUUCCCUUAAUGCGACAAGUGAUCCCAGUUGGAGGAUGAACGCUACGAUGAUGCGGUAUGAAGCGCUGGUCGCGGCCGGUAAGGACAGGAAUGCUGUGCCCCCGAUACCGAAUCCAGAGGAUUCCUACGGCCCUCGAAAUUUCACCGAGCUGUUCAUGGACGUGUGUACAUUUAUGGUACAGGAACCCCUCUGUCUUUGGAACGUGAUCAACAUGUCGUACUGCACGCUGAUACUGCUGGGCAAGCUGAUCCAGCGCGUGGUGUUCGGCGAGCUGCGCGUGGCGGAGUCGCAGCGCGUGAAGGACAAGUUCUGGAACUACGUGUUCUACAAGUUCAUCUUCGUGUUCGGCGUGUGUGCAGUUCUACGAACGCUCUGGGCCAGCUGGUUCACUCUCAUCGGCUUCCUGCAUCUCACCGCACAACUCACCAAGGAUAGAUAUGAAUAUCUGUAUUCGUCCCCGAAUUCCAUACUGUGGACGCACGUGCGGUUGCUGGGGCUUGUGGUGUGUAACAUGGCGGCGUCUACGGCUCUGCUCGUAGCCGCGUACGCCUGGAUCCUGCCAAACAACAAGGACAACUUCGCAUUCAUGGCCGCCGAGUGCACGCUGCUGCUGGUGGCGGGGCUGCACAUGGUGGCGCGCUACGCGCUGCAGCUGCGCGAGGUGGACGUGGCCGGGCCCGUCGCCUACUACACGCAUCUUACAUUCGACGCGGUGUCGCUGGUGGUGGAGCUGGCGCACGUGGUGCACAUGGUGAUCUUCAGCAACAUGCUGGUGUCGAUGGCGUCGCUGGUGCUGCUGAUGCAGCUGCGCCACUUGCUGCACGAGCUGCAGGCGCGCCUGCGCAGACACCGCCUCUACACCUCGCUCGCCACCCACAUGAGCAAGACUUAUCCGAUGGCGAGCCGCGAGGAGGUUGAGAAGCACGAGGACAACUGCGCCAUCUGCUGGGAACCGAUGAAGGAAGCGCGCAAGCUGCCCUGCUCACAUCUCUUCCACAACUCGUGCCUGUGCCAGUGGAUGCAGCAGGACGCGUCGUGCCCGACGUGCCGCCGCUCGCUGGCGGGCCCGCAGCACGCGCCGCGCCACGCCGCGCACCCCGCACACCCCGCGCACGCCGCGCACCCCGCGCACCCCGCCGCGCGACACCCCAACCACUUCUUCCACUUCGACGGGUCCCGGUACGUGUCGUGGCUGCCGAGCUUCUCGGUGGAGGUGUCGCGCGUGCGCGAGCUCGACCCGCACGCGCCCGCCGCGCCGCCCGCGCCGCACGCCCCGCGCGCCCCGCACGCCCCGCGCGCCCCGCACGGGCUCCUCGACGCGUACGCGCUCGCCGCGCAGGUGCAACAAAUGUUCCCGCAGUACAGCCUGAGCGUGCUGGCGGCGGACCUGACGCUGACGCGCUCCGCCGACCUCACGCUGGAGAACAUCCUGGAGGGCCGCCUGCAGCCCAACACCACCGACCUGCCCGCCGAGCCGACCGUCACCGCCGACCGACCAGUUGAAGAGACGGCGCGGCCCUCUCCUUCGCGGGCCACCGCAUCCGCCUCAUCAGCCAGCAUCGCCGGCACCAGCAGUGCUACCGACACCAACACCUCCACCAGCAAUGCGUCGGCGGAGCUGGAGGCGGAGUCGGAGGCGGCGGCGGCGGGGGCGGGCGGGCGGCGGGCGCGGCGCGGUUCCCGUGCAGCGCGGUGGAGCGCCAGGCGCGACCUGCAGCGCCGCAAGCUGCUGCUGCUCGCCGCCGCGCGCCGCCGCUAUCUGCAGCGCGCCGCGUGA